CAGAGACCAACAGCUCAGUGCUCCAUCCUUAAACUCCUGUGAAGCAGUUACCAUGGCAACGAAUAAUAACACAUCUAAAUAUGACUACAUCACCGACAAAGAACUGAUCCAUGAAGGAUCUCCUAAUGUCUACCAGCUGAGACCAAAGGAAGAGAAAAUUGGAUCUCUGAAAAGAAUGACUCUUGGUGAGAAGAAUCCAAACAAGAAAAACAAAACCAUCCUGCUUGUUGGUGAAACAGGAGCCGGAAAAUCUACUCUGAUCAACGCUCUGGUAAACUUCACCAUAGGAGUGGAGUGGGAGGACGAUGUCUGGUUUCAGAUCAUAGAGGACGAGAAGAAAGAGCAAUCACAGAGUCAGACGUCAGAUGUGACCGUGUACGAGAUCUUCGGAUUUGAAGAUAAAACUCUGCCCUACUCUCUGACCAUCAUCGAUACUCCAGGAUACGGAGACACCGGAGGGAUUGAACAUGAUGUAAUAGUCAGUCAAAGACUAUUUGACUUGUUCCGCUCAAAGGAUGGAGUUCAUGAGAUCGAUGUGGUGGGUCUGGUGCUGAAAGCAGGCGACAAUCGACUUUGUGACCGACUGUCGUACAUCUUUAAUUCAGUGGUGUCUCUGUUUGGAAAAGACCUUGAGAGGAACAUUGUCGCCCUCAUCACACACUCACCUGGAAGGACAACUAAAAAUGCUCUGAAAGCUCUCGAGGCUGCAAACAUCAAGUGUGCCAGAAAUGAAAAGAACGAGCCUCUUCACUUCCAGUUUAAUAAUUGCCAAAACGAAGACAGGACAGACGACAUAGAAGAACUUGAACAUGAAUAUAAAAAAGCUACGAGAGCAAUGAAGCAGUUCACAGACUUUCUGGAAAAAACUGCAUCUCAAAAGCUGGAGAUAACCGUGAAUGUUCUGAAUGAACAGAUUAGACUGGCAGCCUGCAUCCAAAACCUGAAAGAGAGAAUUCAAUCCAUUGAACUGAAACGGAAUGAAAUCCAGCAGACUCAUGAAGGUCUGAAGAAACAUGAACAAGAGAUGAAGACGAAUGAAGAGUUCACUGUGGAAGUUGAUGAGCCCUACAAAGAUAAAGAACCUAUAGGAGGUGGAAGGAACUGGUUGUUUUAUGAACGCGCUGUCUGCUGCAAAGUCUGUGAGGAGAACUGUCACUACCCUGGAUGCACAAUCGCCAUCAAUCCCUCAUGGUGUGAGGUCAUGAAAGAUGGCCGCUGCACUGUGUGUACCAGGAAGUGCCCUGUAGCAGCCCACGUUAAAGAAAGCUGGAGGUUUGUGAACAAGACAAGGAAAGUUAAGAAAACUCUUCAAGAUGUGAAAGACAAAUAUGAAAAGAAUAAAGGAGAGAAUGAGAAGAAGAUGGGUCUUUUGGAAAGUCUUCAAAAAGAGAUGGAAGACCUUGAAGCAAACAAAACACACUGGCUGGAUGAGGCCUACGAGCACGUCAUCAAACUGGAGCUGAUCGCCUUAAAGGCUGUUUCAGUGUCGACUUACGUCCAUCUGGACUUCCUGAUUGAAGAGAUGGAGAAGAAAAAGGACGCCAGGAAGGUCCAGAAGCUGAAAAAGAUGGCAACAAGUCAAAAAGAUAAAGGAUUUGUUGAAGGGUUUAAGUACAUGGAUCGUGCAUUAAUCAAAAGAAAGUAAACUGAUGAGAGGGGCACUGAUGUCUAGACUGACGAUGCAUCAGUCCGCACAUACUGGUACUUUAGAUGAUCCUUUAGAUACCAAUGAAAUUGACCGUGUGUUUGUUAGUUUGAAGUUAAUUUGCAUUUAUCUCUCGUUAAACAAACAUUUGUUUUAUUCACACGUCUGAUCAUUAUUGUGUGACUCUGGCUGAACCUGAGCGUUCAUGAUACUUUAAUAAAUUAAGGUUGAUCUCCGUCACAGCCUCAGUCUUCCCCGUCCAACACAGUGACUACAUAUCUCAUCAAGACUUCUGUACAUGUUUGAUUGAAUCAGCAGGUGUGGUUAAGAGAAGUGUUGUCUGUGAAUAACCAACAGUUGGAUGCUGCGGUGCUGUAUGACUGUACUGCAGCAGCCUCCAACUCAAGCUAGCUAAGCUAAGCUAUCAGUAGCAACGGUCACAACAUCAUUCAGUGAUUACUCACUGACAGUAUGUUUAUUACAAAUCAAUGUUCUGGGAUUAAUCGUUGGUGCAAUGAACUCCACAGCAGCUCUUCUUCAUAGCGUUAUGAAUAUAUACGGUUUGUUUAAAGUAGAAGUUUAAAGACUUGUUUCAUAUUUCUGUUUAUGUUGUUUUCCCCCUAAAAGGGGCGUGGUCAUGAGAGCACGAUGUAUACAAUGCAUGUCAGGUGAUCUGGAUUCACCUGCACAUCACUGCAGUAAUGAGAAGUUAAACUACUGGAGGUCAGAAAGAUCUGUGUGUUGCUUUACUAUAAAUAUCAAUGUGAUCUGCUGUGUUUGUGCACAUUCUUCUUGAUGUGCAGUCAUUAACCAUUAGUUCAUAAAAACUCAGAUAUUAAACUAUAUCAUCUGUUUUUCUGAAUGAUUCUGUAAACAUCAUGUCUUGUAGUCACCAGGUGUGAGUAGUGUUGUUGAUUAGUUUAAAGUGUGUUUGAUCAAAUAGUGCCGACAUCAACAAUCUGCAGAAACGUUCAUUAUUGUUUCAUGUUGUUAAUGUGUUUCAUGUGUAUCUUCCAUCAGUGUCUUUGUUUGACUUGAUGUGAGUUUUAUGAGUCAAGUGAAAUGUUACUUUAUGAUUUAAACUUCUGAGAUAACGAGUCAUCUCCACAUGAAAUCAUGUUCGUCUUCUGUGAAUCAUGAAAUCUCUGCUUCAUUAAAGUAUCUUCAAGAGUC